AUGGCUAGAGGCAAGGACGGCUCUCUAGCCCUCCAUCUAGCCGCCGGGGCCGGCAACGCCCAACUGGUCCGGCACCUCGUCAACCUCUAUCCUGACGGCGUCAAUGUUGAGGACAACGACGGGAGGACGCCGCUGCACCACGCCGCCCUCUCGAAGGAGGUGGGGGCCAGGCAGGCCUACGACCUCCUCAAGCGAGAGGGAGCCAGUGAUGGAAUCCAAGACUUGAGUGGUCGCUCCCCGGCCGAGUACAUGCUGGCCGCAAACAAAAGGGCCUCCAAGGGUCCUUCCAAAGGACCUAACAAGGGCCCUCCAAAAGGAAAAACAAAGGGCCCUGUUCCAGGGCCAUCCAAGGAGUUGCUGAAAGAAAAGUUAAAAGAGCCUUCGAGGGAGCCAUCUAGGGCCCCAUCCAGGGAACCGUCCAGGGAACCAUCCAGGGCCCCAUCCAGAGAACCGUCCAGGGAGCCAUCCAGGGCCCAAUCCAGGGAACCAUCCAGGGCCCCAUCCAGGGCCCCAUCCACUGAGCCUCCUAAAUCAAAAGGUCCGUCUAGAGCCCAGACUCCGCAGGGUGACGACGACGACGACGACGACGACGAGGACGAGGUGCGUGGCGCGAUAAAGGCCGCAGAGCGGGACGAGGACUUCAACCCUCUCAAUAACCUCGUCAUCCAGGGUGACGGACACAAGCUCGUAGGACGCUCGUCUAAGGAUCCCGAGGUCAACGAUUUCCUCAAGAAAGUCCCACACCACCUGGAUACGAUCGAGGAGCUUCACGGGGCUGCAGAGGACGGGGACACGAGGAAGGUCAAGGCUCUACUCGACACCAAGCACAAGGUCUUCACCAAGGACGCCAACCACACUAACAUCCUUCAUAAGGCCGUCCUUAAUGGCCACACAGACCUGACACAGUACCUGAGUAGCAAGCACCCAGAGCUGAUCGACGACGAGGACUCGGCCGGUCGCACGCCCUUACACUACGCCGCCAACCUGGACGACGAUGGCCACCACUACCAGACUCUCCUCAAAGCUGGGGGCGACGACUCCAAGCCAGACAAGUCUGGUAACACUCCGGACGACUAUUUCCGUGACCCCGACCUGCUCUCCGACCCGGAGCUCAAGAAGCACCUGCAGAAGGGAGGAGGCGGAGGCAAAGGCCGACCCGACACCAAGGACAGCGAGGCAGCCUUCAGUUACUACGGUGGGGAGGAGGACGACAUGGAGACCAUCGACGAGGAGACGCUACAGAAGCUCGAGGAGGAGUACGAGAAGUUGCGUGAUAUGGAGAGUCACUCCAUGAUGAAGAAGUACCUUACUCCAGACGUCUUCGAGAAACUCAAACGACGUGUCACGCUCAAUGGAGCCACCCUAUUGGACGUUAUCAAGUCCGGCCUGGCAAACCCAGACUCAAACAUCGGACUUUAUGCCCCUGAUGCAGAGUCCUACAUGUUGUUCAAUAACUUGUUUGACCCCGUGAUCGACGAGUACCACGGGGGGUUUGGCCCAGAGGACCUUCACCCAGGGAUCGACUUCGGAACAUCAAAUGCUCUUGGGAACCUCAACGAGCAUCGUAACUACGUUGUGUCGACGCGCGUGCGUUGUGCACGCUCCCUGGAGGGCUAUCCCUUCAACCCACUUCUCAACAACGACCAGUACACGUCCCUGGAGGCUGACGUGGAGGCGGCCCUGGACACCCUGGAUGAGGACCUCGCUGGCUAUUAUAGGCCGCUGAGCAAACUAUCCGAGAGCGAACAGAACGAGCUUCUAGAAGCUCAUCUGCUCUUCAAGCAAGGUGACCGCUUUCUGGAAGCUGCUGGAGCUUGCCGCCUCUGGCCGAACGGAAGAGGCAUCUUCCUCAACUCUGACAGGACGUUGGUCGUUUGGGUCAACGAGGAGGACCACAUGCGCAUCAUCUCCAUGCAGGAAGGCGGAGACCUGGGUCAGGUAUAUGACCGCUUCGUGAGAGCGGUCACAGCUCUUGGAGACCGCCUUCCCUUCAGCUUCUCUCAGCGUCUAGGGUUCCUCAACUUCUGUCCGACAAACUUGGGUUCAGCAAUUCGUGCCUCUGUCCACAUCCGGUUGCCUCACCUAGGGAGCGACAUACAGCGCCUGGAACACACUGCCAACCAAUACAAUCUGCAGGUCCGCGGCACCUCCGGUGAACACUCGGAGACCAAAGACUUCACCUUCGAUAUAUCAAACCGGCGCCGUCUCGGCUUGACGGAGAUCGAAGCAUUAAAAGAGAUGUACGAUGGUGUGAUGGAGAUCAUCCAGCUGGAACAUGAACUGGAGAGCAACUCUGACGAUUGAUCAGAGUCCUUCAUCCCUUGUCCCCCAGCCGUCACCCUCCACUCCACCUGCGGGCAAUCCAGUGAUGGAAUAUCAAUAGAAUUUCAGUAAUCAUCAGACUGCCACCACCGAGCUGGUCGGCCGAGCGGACAGCACGCGGGACUUGUGAUCCUGUGGUCCUGGGUUCGAUCCCAGGCGCCGGCGAGAAACAAUGGGCAGAGUUUCUU